AUGGUUAUCAGUGGCUUCUUCAGUGACAACCUACACAUGCCACUAUGCUGCUGUGCUACUGCUGCUACUGCUGCUUUUAUUAAUAUGGUUGUUAUCCAUGGCUUCAUCAGUGACUCCCUACAGAUGGUGAUGUGCUGCUGUGCUACUGCUGCUGCUUUUCCUAACAUGGUUAUCAGUGGCUUCAUCAGUGACUCCCUACACGUGACGCUAUGCUGCUGUGCUACUGCUGCCGCUGCUACUUUUCCUAACAUGGUUGAUAUCAGUGGCUUCAUCAGUGACUCCCUACAUAUGCUGCUGUGCUGCUGUGCUAUUGCUGCUGCUUUUCCUAACAUGGUUAUUAUUAGUGGCUUCAUCAGUGACUCCCUACAUAUGCUGCUGUGCUGCUGUGCUACUGCUGCUGCUUUUCCUAACAUGGUUAUUAUCAGUGGCUUCAUCAGUGACUCCCUACACAUGCUGUUGUGCUGCUGUGCUACUGCUGCUGCUUUUCCUAACAUGGUUGUUAUCAUGUAUGUCAAGAAUCUUGGAGUCCAAAAUGGAUUACCUUUUAAUCCCCAAGGAUACAGGCAUUUACAGGCCAUGAGGUAUGCUGUUGAGGAGAUUAACAACUCUACCUUUCUGCUGCCAAAUGUCACUCUAGGUUAUGAAAUGUUUGAUGACUGCUACGAAGGUUCUGGGAUAGCGGCAACUUUUAAUUUUCUUUCACAGAUGUUGACAUCUCAUGUGAAACUACAAAAAGGCUAUGCAGACUAUAAACCCAAGGUGAUUGCUAUAAUUGGUCCAACAGUCAGUGAUACAGCUGUUAUUACUUCAAGCAUCCUGAGCAGUUUUCUUGUCCCUCAGAUAAGUUAUAGUGCUGCAUCUGAGGUUUUGAGUAAUAAAAGACGAUUUCCGUCAUUUCUGAGAACAUUUCCAAGUGACAAAAAGCAAGCUGAAGCCAUUACCUUACUCCUUAAGACAUUUCAGUGGAACUGGAUCGCAGUUAUCAGCAGUAAUACCGAAUACAGUAGGAGAGGGAAACAACAGCUCAUUGAAAUGGCGACUUUUAAGGAAAUAUGCAUCGCUCAUGACAAAACUAUAAACUUGGUUGGUGUUCACAUGAAAAAUGACAUUGCUGAAACAUCUCGCAUCAUAAUUACAAGAAAUAUCAAUGCAAUAGUUGUUUUUGGAGAAGUGGCAUUUGCUUAUGCACUUUUUAAGGAGAUUAUCGAGCUAAAUAUCACAGGUAAAGUAUGGAUUGCAAGCAGUUGGGCCACAGACAAAAAAAUAUCAGAACUGCCUAACUUACAAAUGAUUGGUACAAUUUUAGGCAUUGCUCCACUGCCAGGUUUUAUGCCUGGAUUUGAACAGUUUGUUUCAAAAUUUGUCUUUGACGCCCGACAAUCUGAAGUUUUAAAUAUAUCACAGCCGACAGGCAGUUCUGCAGGGAGCUGUAACCAGAACUGUGAAGAAUGUUUUUCCAUAACAGCAGAAGAUAUAAUCAAUAUAUCUGAACAAAGAGCAACAUUUCGAACAUAUUCUGCUGUGUAUACCGUGGCUCAUUCCCUGCACGUGUUACUCGAGUGUGAUUUGGGAGUAUGUAAAAACAAGACAGUCUUUCCAUGGCAGCUUCUGGAAAAAGUAAAGCAUAUUCACUUUCAGCUUCAUGGAACUACAGUAUAUUUUGAUGAGCAUGGUGAUUCACCUACUGGUUAUGACAUAGUGAUGUGGAACUGGACAAACAAGAAGGUUUCCUUUGAUACAAUUGGGAUAUACACACCAAACCCUGGAAGGAUAAACUUAGAUGUCAGUGUAAUAAAGUGGCACACAGCACACAACAAAAUCCCCAAGUCAGUUUGUUCAGUGGACUGCUUGCCAGGGCAAAAACGUAAACAAGCUGGAUCGCAUUUCUGCUGCUUUUUCUGCAUAACCUGUCCAGAGGGAACAUACCUAAACCAAAGCAAUCCUUAUGAAUGCCAGCUAUGCCAUAAGGACAUGUGGUCACCUGAAGGAAGUCAUGUUUGUUUUUCCAGAAAAAUUGAAUACCUUGAAUGGAAUAGCAUUGUUUCGGUGUUAUUAAUAAUAUUGUCCGCUAUUGGAUUCAUCUUGACAGGAGUAAUUGCAAUCAUCUUUUUUUGGAGCCGCGAAACUGUAGUAGUUAAAGCUGCUGGUGGAAAAUCUUGUUUUUUAAUGUUAGUAUUUCUAAUGUUCUGUUACUGCAGUGUUUAUUUUUUCAUUGGGAAGCCAAAUGAAGUAACAUGUGUUUUGAGGCAGUUAAUAUUUCAUGUAAGUUUUACAGCUUUUCUCUCCUGUCUUGUACUUCGAUCGUUUUUAAUAGCGUGUAUAUUUAAAAUGGCUGCCAAACUGCCUAAGUCAUAUGAUUACUGGGUAAAACGGCAUGGACAAAGAUUGUUUUUAGCAACUGGCACACUAAUACAAAUUAUAAUAUCAUCAUUCUGGUUAGCUGAUGGUAUAUAUAAGCCUGUAUUUGAUUAUACUUUUAAGGAAGUUAUAAUUUUAAAAUGUGGUAAGAAUCAAUCACUUACAUUAAUAACACAGGAUGCUUUCACUGGUCUUCUUAGCAUUAUGUGUUUCAUUUUUUCCUACAUGGGAAAAGAUUUACCAAAAAACUACAAUGAAGCAAAAUGCAUAACAAUAACUAUUCUUAUAUAUUUCUUUUCACUUGCUUCCUAUUUUCUAUUUAAUGCAGCUCAAAAUGAACGGUAUAGCAAUAUGUUGCUAGUAAUUUGUAUAUUAGCCAGACUAUAUGGAGUGAUUGCAGGCUAUUUUUGUCCAAAGUGUUUUAUUAUUAUUUUUAAGCCUAAGCAGAACACCACUGAAUACUUUCAAAUGUGUAUUCAGAACUAUACUAACAAUACAAGCUCUUAUAACCGUAGAUAA